AUGGCGACCGCAACCGCCCCCCCACGCGCCUCUGUUUGCGAGUGUUUCGCGUCUCGUCUUCUUUAUGCAACUCAGCGUCGACGGCCUCACGCGUCGCCUCCCGCGUGUAGAGUGUCCCUCGUGGCGCUUCUAUGCCUGGCUUCGGCCUUCUUCUCGGCAGCUGGUCUCCAGCUGUCCCAGCCGCCGUCGCCCAACACGCUCGCGUCUUCCCGGACGGCGGCGUUCAUCUCCGUCAGUCCGCAUGUCUCUCUCUCGUCUUCCACGUGCCAAAACGCCAGCGACAGCAGCACAGUCCUCGCCUCGAGCUCUUCAUCGGCUCGUAGGCCACGCGCCGCGCCGCCCACGUGUUCUACGCCCCUUCAGGGCAGGCGGAAGAGACGCGAAGGCGCCACGCAGCCGGUCCAGUCGCUGUACGCGAGCGAGAGGGGCGGCAGCGCGGACGGGUCACGAGGAGGGCUGAGUCGGCUGCACGCCGGCGCCUCUGGCGAGCUCGCGGGCGCAGUCCAGGAGAUCCUGAUGCCUGCGCUGUCCAGCACGAUGAAGGAGGGGAAGAUCGUGUCGUGGGCAAAGCAAGUGGGAGAUCGCGUCGAGCCUGGGGAUGUGCUGAUGGUAGUGGAGAGCGACAAAGCCGAUAUGGAUGUCGAGGCAUUCGACUCCGGUUUUGUGGCUACGCACCUGGUACGCGAAGGCGAAGCCGCUCCGGUCGGCACUCCUGUCGGGCUGCUGGCUGAGCGAGAGGAAGACAUUCCGCUAAUCCAAGACAAAGGAAUGUCCAUUCUCUCUUCGGGUACAUCGUCUUUGACGCCGUCGCCGGUCAGCGAGCUGCUUAUGCCUUCGUUGUCUCCAAGCAUGAAGACGGGGCAUAUUGCUGUCUGGAAAAAGAAAGAAGGCGACCGCGUGAAGAAGGGCGAAGUGUUGUUCAUCGUGGAAAGCGACAAAGCCGAUAUGGACGUGGAGGCGCCCCACGACGGUGUCUUGGCGCACAUCGCGGUGGGCGCAGGCGUGUCGACGUCUCUGGGCACAGUCGUAGGAUACCUGGCCGCAGAUGCCGAGUCUGCCUCUGCUUUCAAGCAGCAGGUCUCAGCUUCGCCUUCGUCCUUUGGCGAGGCAAUCGAGAAUCCGUCCAGAAUGCCCGAGGGCACUCAGGAAAUCUUCAUGCCUGCACUCUCUUCCACGAUGACCAGCGGCAAAAUCUCCAAGUGGAACAAGGCCGUGGGAGACGAAGUGCAUGUCGGCGAUACUUUGAUGGUGGUCGAGAGCGACAAAGCCGAUAUGGAUGUGGAAUGUUUUGAAGAAGGCUACUUGGCUGCCAUAACUGUUCAAGAAGGCGAAUCUGCGCCUGUGGGCCAGACUGUGGCCAUUGUCGUGCCCUCCAAGGAUGACGUCCCGAAAGUGCAGGAGGCCCUCAAGCAGGCCGCGUCUCCGCGCGCUCUCUCGCCGUCGCCCCCCGCCUCCCCGCUACCUUCGGUCGCCCUUCCUUCCUCUCCCGCGUCUUCGCCUGCAGCGGCUGCUCGAGCGUCGCCCGCUGCUCAGGAGCCGAGGGGACUGAGUGCUACGGGGGUUCGCACGGAGGCGUUUAGGCGGCACACCGCGGCGCUGGAGAGCUGGACGGCUCCGCCUGUAGACCAAGACGUGAAAGAUCAGCUGCCCGGGGGCUUGACUGGAGCCGAUCUGCAGCAAGAGCUGCUUCGGCGCAUCCAAGACACGCUGCCGGCUACUGCCGCCGCCCUCCAGGAGAAGCCUCAAAUCCAGCAGGCCCUGAUGGACCGCGUCAACCUCAGAGUCCCUCCGCCGCACACCCUGCGCGUCGCCCAGGCGCCGCCGCCGUAUCUGCAGAGAGCAGUCAGCACCUACGGUGGCGGCCACGCAGGGGCUGCUGAAAAGACAGACCCCCGUGGGAGCCGGACGUCAGCCACAGGUGUAGCGCGAGAUCCAUCUGGGCUGCCGCUUGCCACUUUCAACGCCAGUGAACUAGCGAAGAAACACAAACUUAACUUGGAGGAAGUCAGAGGGACGGGAACGAAUCGGCGCAUCACAGCGGCCGACGUCCGCCGUCACCUCCAACUCCCCUCUGAAGAGGCCACCAUCCUCGCCGGAGUGACAGGCGAGGCACGGAAAACGACUGAACGCAUGUCAGGCGUCCCUCCAACCGGGUCGGUCGCGCUCGAUACAAUGCAGAAGGCUAUCGCCAGGAACAUGGAAGCAACAGUGAACGUUCCUGUCUUCAGAGUCUCGCGAGGCAUUUAUGUGGAGAAGCUCGAGGCGCUGCUUCACGAGCUGAAGCAGGUCGUGGCGGAGCAAAACGCAGCUGCGGUCGCCGCGGAAGGCGAGGACGCGGUCCAGCAUCCUCCGGUGACAAUGAGUGUCCUCCUGGCUAAAGCUGUCGCUCUCACCCUGCAGAAGCACCCGAUCAUGAAUGCUGCAUUCAACCCCCGCGACGGAGGCGUCAUCCAGCAUCCGGGCACGGUCAAUUUGGCAAUGGCAGUUUCCAUCGACGGAGGUCUUCUGACUCCUGUCCUUCGCGACGUUAACACGAAAUCGGUCUUUGAGCUGGCCAAAGACUGGUCAGGUCUAGUCGAUAAGGCGAGGAAGCGUCGCCUGACUCCGGCUGAAAACAGCACAGGCACGUUCUACAUCAGCAACCUGGGUAUGUUUGGCGUCAGCCAAUUUGACGCCGUCUUGCCAACCGGCGUCGGAACGAUCAUGGCCAUCGGAGCAACGGAGACUGUCCCAUUCGCCCGGAAGACAGGUGCCGUAGAGGCCUCGGCGUCCCGACUUGAUCUUCGUCGUCGGAUGACCGUGACCGUCACGUGCGACCACCGCCACAUAUACGGAUCUCAUGCGGCUGCAUUCCUCGAGGAUUUCGCCACUCUUCUAGAAACACGUCCGUCUGCGUUACUCCUUUAG